GCGUGUUGAGCUCCGAGGAGCAGCUGGUUUUACGCUGGGACGCCGUCAGCGUGCCGUGGCGCGUUGGCCGGGUAUUUUUGGGUUCCACACAUGGUGGGAUAAGUGGCCGCUCUGCUGUGCCUAUAUAAUCCAGCCGAGGGCGGCGGCCAGCCAGUUCCGAUCCAGGUCCGGCAGGGGUGAGCGGGCACGCGGGCCGCCAUGGGUAAAAAGGGUCUGCUGGAGCGUCUGGACGCCGGAGAGGUGGUGAUCGGCGAUGGCGGCUUUGUGUUCGAGCUGGAGAAGCGCGGCUACGUCAAGGCGGGCCCGUGGACGCCCGAGGUGUGCCUGGAGCAUCCCGAGGUGGUGCGCGGACUGCACCGCGAGUUCCUGCGCGCCGGCUCCGACGUCAUGCAGACCUUCACCUUCUACGCGUCCGACGACAAGCUGUGCAACCGCGGCAACGAGGCGGGAGUGAAGUUCACUUGUCGGCAGGUAAAUGAUGCUGCCUGCCGGCUGGCGCACGAGGUGGCCGCCGAGGGGGACGCUCUGGUGGCCGGCGGCAUCUCCCAGACGCCCUCCUACCUCAGCGGCCUCGGCAAGAAGGCCACCCAGGCAGAGUUCAAGAAGCAGGUGGACGUUUUUGUUGAGAACAAAGUCGACUUUUUGAUCGCCGAGUACUUUGAGCACGUUGAGGAGAUGGAGUGGGCCAUCGAGUCUCUGGCGAGCAGCGGCCUGCCCGUGUGCGCCACCAUGUGUAUCGGUCCCGAGGGCGACCUGCACGGCGUCUCGGCUGGCCAGUGCGCCGUGCGCAUGGCGCGCGCCGGAGCGCACGCCGUCGGCGUCAACUGCCACUUUGACCCGUUCGUCUCGCUGGAGGCCGUGCGGCUGAUGAAGGAGGCACUGGCCGAGGCCGGACUGAAGGCGCACCUGAUGGCCCAGCCGCUGGCAAUCUGGACUCCGGACACCAAGAAACAGGGCUUCAUUGACCAGCCCGAGUUCCCUUUCGCGCUCGAACCGCGCAUCAUGACGCGCUGGGAGAUUCAGAAGUACGCACGCCAGGCGUACGAGCUGGGCGUGCGCUACAUCGGCGGCUGCUGCAUGUUCCAGGCGUACCACAUCCGGGCCGUGGCCGAGGAACUGCGCGAGGAGCGCGGUAAACUGCCGGCCGCCCACCAGAAGCACGAGCUGUGGGGCGGCGGCCUGCUGCUGCACACCAAGCCGUGGGUGCGCGCGCGCGCCAGCAGGGAGUACUGGUCGCGGCUGAGUCCGGCCACCGGCCGGCCGUACUCGGCGGCCCUGUCUCGGCCGGCCGGCUGGGGCGUCACGGCCGGCCACCAGGAGCUGCUGCAGCACAAAGAGCCCACCACCCAGCACGAGCUGGACGCCGUCAACGACAAGUUUAAGGAAGCUGAGGCAUAGUGCUGCACUGGGGCGAAAAGCCUGAAGCUCGACCGCAGCACGGCUAGCCCAGAAGGGCCGCGCCAACACUAUCAGAUGGCCUGAGGGCGAGCUCUAGGCAGGCUGCAUUUGAAAGCCACUUUUUGUGGUAAUCUGCAAUAAACACACGUGUAUGGAAUGAAGACUAAUCGAAGCAGGUUGUCUGAGCGAACAGAGGCGCGGGUGAUCAGAUCGCGGGGAUCUCUCGUUCUCGUUUUUUUCUGCGGCUGACUAGUAUGAUACCAGGAACACUGUAUUAGUGUAUGUGUUUAAGUCAAUACAUCAAUACCUCGGUAUAAGUGCA